AUGCUCACGAUCCUCGUCCUGCUGGCGAUCGCCCGGCUGGCGCACGCCCACACCGCCGCCUGGGCACCCGGCAUGUACUGCCAAGGCACGGCGCAGAACUGGAACGUGCCUGUGAAUCCCCUGUACCGACUCCCGGCGGACGACUGGUGGUUCCAGCACGAUCGGGGAUGCGAUGCGCUGGAGCCGCCCCCGGGCGAGUUCCUCGAGCUGCCGGCGGGAGGCACGUUCACGGUGGAGCUGGCGCACAACAAGCUGCAGACGACGCUGGGCACGUGUCCGCCGGGGCUCCAAUGCAUGAGUGAGUGGCCCGAUGGGAGGGAGCAUCCGGAGAACUGGAGUCAUCCGGACGGAGACCAGUUUCGCUGGCCGGUAGGCAUGGGCGAUGAUGGGACGACGACGGGCAUGGAUGGGAAGGAGCAUCGGAUGGGUGGGAUGGGCGUGGGCGGGAUGGGGAUGGGGAUGGGGAUGGGGAUGGGGAUGGGGACGGGGACGGGGGGAGGGGAUGGAAAAGAAGAUGGCGGCACGUUCGACUGCCUGAGUGAUUUCCAGCUGCACACAAGAAACGAAGAGAUGGCCGCCGGCACAGCAUGGGCUAUCAGCUACCACCCGGAUAUCUCAGACGUUACAAUGGAGAACCUCGUCGUAUUCACCACCCUCGCUAACACCCCCUGGAAACGCCUCGCCACCUACUCCGUUCCCGCCGGGCUCCCGCCCUGCCCACCCGACGGUUGCACCUGCGCCUGGCUCUGGGUACCGAGCGGCUGCGGCGAUCCAAACAUGUACAUGCAAGGCUACAAGUGCAACGUGACGCAGACGACAUCGCGGGUGCCCGUCGCGGAGGCGAGGCCGCCGGUGCCUUGCGCGGGGGACGCGAGCGCGUGCGUUAAGGGCGCGAAACAGAUCAUUGCUUGGCAUCGUGAGUUCUCUUUCCUCUUCUCUCCGUGGGGAGGAGAACUAGAUGGAAAUAACGUAGACUCGGAUUAUUACUACCCGGGAUAUAAUACGGAUAUGGGCUGGAGUAACGGCGCCCAAAACGAUAUCUUCGAGACGGAUCACGAAAAUUGGAAAUAA